AUGAAGGAAAAUAUAAAGACACUGUACAUUCAUGGAUUUCACGUGUUUGGAGAAAGCCGGAAGAAAAAACUGAUCGAAAAGGCCGUGGGAAAAAAGAACUUGAUGGUGGCCAGCAUAAAUCAGAAGCGCAGCAUCAGCUCCUUCAUUCUGUUUCUUCUCUUCACCGUGUGCGUCAUGCUGUUUAAUAUUUAUGUGUCCUACCAAUUUUCAGAUUUGGUGUUUUUUUCGAUAACUGUGGCUUUGUCGAUCGUCAUUGUCGUAGUCAUAUAUUUCAUCGGGUCCCAUUUAAUUCUGUACUACAUAAUGAAAAAGUCGAUUAAGCAAGCGGAGCAGAAGGUGAAGAUGUAUAACCCCGAUGUGAUUGUUGGGACAUACUUCGGGGCAGUGGUAGCUAUGAAUCUGAACUACAAGAAUGGGAAGAAGCCUCUCACAUUCCAGAAAUUCACGCAUAACUUAGAAACCGACUUGUCCUCAUUCCCAUACGUAAUAAUUGUGCAUGGGUCUAGGGAUAAAACCACCCCCAUGAGUGUUUGUGACGAGCUGAUUUCGUCCAUGCCCUUGGGCAAGGGAAGACUAGAAGUGGUAGAGGAUGACCAUUCCUACUCAAAGCUGAAGGAGUCCGAUUUUAGGUCCUGGAUCAAAGAAGCCAAGUACAAACCCUCCACGAGCAUAGUCCACGUCGCGAAGAAAUUAAAGGACGAACAUAUUGGGCAGAAAAUACGGAUAAGCUCGGAAAACCUCAGUGAGGCUUCUUCCUUCGAAAAUGACAACGCUGGGGAGGCCGACCCCUUGGUGUGA